UUUUCAUUAACGCUGGAUUAACGCUGCUGCGAGAGCGAGCAGGCGAAGAGAAACGGCAUCUAAAAAAGCGACUUGGAAAAACUACUUAUCGUUUGGAGCCAUUUUGAGUCAUUCUCUCACUGCCGGCAAACAUCUUUUCUGCACUGAUCCUUCUCAGAGCUUCGAGCCUCGGCCUUGAGGGGGACCAGCAUGAGCCAGGCGACGCUCGAGUCUGAUGGAGAUGUUGCUCAGGAUGGGGCUGACUUUAGCUGGGAUGACUACCUGGAGGAGACUGCAGCCGUGGCUGUGCCCCAUCACGCCUUCAAACAUGUGGACCAGGGCCUCCAGACAGGACUGACCCCAGGUAUGAAGUUGGAGGUAUGUGUCCGCUCAGAGGCCGACAGCCCUUACUGGGUUGCCACUAUCAUCACCACAUGUGGCCAGCUGCUGCUGCUGCGCUACGAAGGCUACCAGGAUGACCGGCGCGCCGACUUCUGGUGCGACAUCAUGACGACAGACCUCCACCCAUUGGGCUGGAGCCGGCAGCACGGCAAGACCAUGAGGCCCCCCGAAGGUGUGCGUGAGAAACAUCCAGAGUGGGAGGCUCUGCUACAGAAGGCCUUGGCUGAGGAUUGCGGAGCGCCUGCCAGUCUGCUGGAAAUGCCCCAACGCGGCAGAGACCCGCUGGAGCUGCUGACGGCCGGCUGUUACGUGGAGCUGCAGGACAGCACCGACCCGGGGUCGGCCUGGGCCGCCGAGGUGGAGGAGAAUGUUGGAGGAAGGCUGAAGCUGCGCCUGCUGGGGACCGAGGGCCUCCCAGACACACCUGCAACCCUCUGGCUCUUUUAUCUUCACCCACGCCUACACCCACCCGGCUGGGCCCAGGAGCACGGCUGCACCCUGAGGCCCCCAUCAGAACUGCUGGCGCUGCGUACUGAGGAAGAGUGGGAGGAGGUGAAACAGAGGAUUACCUACCUUCCUCAGGAUGAAGCCCUGACGGCAGAGUUUGCUAAGGAUCAGCCUGCUGUCGCUGAUCAUUGUUUUAAAGAAGGGAUGAAACUAGAAGCUGUUGACCCUGCUGCACCCAUCUCCAUCAGGCCUGCAACUGUCACCAAGGUGUUUGAUGAGAAAUAUUUCCUGGUGACAAUGGACGACCUCUGUGGAAUAGAGGAGCCGGAAGGGGCAGGACGAUCCUUCCUUUGUCACAGAGACAGUCCAGGGAUCUUCCCAGCACAGUGGAGUCUAAAGAACGGGCUCCCUCUAUGCCCACCACCAGGUUUCCAGGGUUCCGACUUUGACUGGGCAGACUACCUAAAACAGUGCGAGGCCGAGGCUGCUCCUCAGCACUGCUUCCCAAAUGAGCAGUAUGAACACAGCUUCAAAGAGGCCAUGAAACUAGAGGCCGUCAACCCAGUGUCACCAGAGAACAUUCAUGUGGCAACUGUCACGAGGGUUAAAGGGCAGUACGUUUGGCUCAGCCUGGAAGGUCUGAAGCAGCCAAUGCCAGAGCUGAUAGUUCACGUGGAUUCACUCGACAUUUUCCCCGUCAGCUGGUGUGAGACAAACGGCUACCCUCUGGUUUACCCCAUCAAGCCCUCAGUAGAGAAGGAAAGAAAAAUUGCUGUUGUGCAGCCUGAGAAACACAGAACUCCCCCCAAGUCCUCCUCACCUGAUGCUGUCAAACAGCAGAUGGCCAAUCAGUCUGAGGCGGGUGGACAGGGGAAUGGUAAAUACUGCUGUCCAAAGAUCUACUUCAAUCAUCGCUGCUUCUCAGGGCCAUACCUUAACAAAGGUCGCAUCUCUGAGCUGCCUCAGUUCAUCGGUCCUGGGAACUGUGUCCUCGUUCUCAAAGAGGUAUUGACUCUGCUGAUAAACUCUGCAUACAAGCCGAGCCGUGUGCUGAGAGAGCUGCAGCUGGAUCAGGAGAGCCGCUGGCAAGGCCACGGAGAGACACUCAAAGCCAAGUAUAAAGGAAAAAGUUACCGGGCCACUGUUGAAAUUGUCCGCACCGCAGAUCGGGUGGCAGACUUCUGCAGGAAGACGUGCGUUAAGCUGGAGUGUUGCCCUAACCUGUUUGGACCUUGCAUGGUUCUGGAGCACUGUUCAGAGAACUGCUCUGUUCUGACAAAGACAAAAUACACAUAUUAUUGUGGAAAGAAGAAGAGUAAACGUGUUGGCCGUCCUCCUGGGGUUCACACCAACAUGGAUGGGACAGUAAAGAGGAGAGGCCGGCGGAGGAAGAGGAGGAAGCAGCUUUUUGUCCAUAAGAAGAGACGCUCUUCGGCCUCAGUGGACAACACACCAGCCGGCUCUCCACAGGGCAGUGGAGAAGAGGAAGACUUGGAUGAAGAUGACUCCCUGAGUGAAGACACUGGCUCCGAGAUGCAGGAUGACCUUCAAGAUGACUCUGAGCAAUCUGUUGAAAAAUCUCAGCCCGCCACGCCGUCACCAUCUCCACCACCAACACCCAGGCCCUCACGGAGACGCCGGAAACCUCGCUCACCUUCCUUCUCUGAUGAUGAGAACCAUCCUCCUUCACCCAAGACGUCAAAGGCUGAACCUCCUCAGAAGCUGUGUUUGGACACGAGUCCACUGGAGUGGAGUGUUUCUGAUGUGGUUCGCUUCAUCAGGACCACUGACUGUGCACCUCUUGCAAGGAUUUUCUUGGAUCAGGAAAUUGACGGACAGGCCCUUUUGCUACUGAACCUUCCCACCGUACAGGAGUGCAUGGAUCUUAAGCUGGGACCGGCCAUAAAGCUGUGCCACCACAUCGAGAGGGUCAAACUGGCUUUUUAUCAACAGUUUGCUACGUAGUCGACGGGGAAAGUUAACAGGACACGGCUGCUUCCUGUUAAGCGAUUUAAUCCUGUAAAAAUGUGGACGUUUUAUUUAAAUUAGAAUUUUUAAAUUUUACUUUUGUCUGUUUUUGCUUUUGUUUUUUGUUUUCUUUUUACACUGGAAAUCAUUUUCCUUUUUUGUAUGAAUUGCAUCCUUUUAAAUUAGCUCAAAUCUAAGAAGUCAUAAAUUAUUAUUUUCGCUUACAUAGGGCCACAAAGACAUGAAAUAACCAAACAUUUCACUCCAUAAAGUAUCAGAUGUGAAGCAAAUUACUGACAAAAAGAUAUGAAUUGAAUAUGUGUAAAAUGCAUCAGAUCAUAUCUUUUUUUUAUGGAAAAUUACACUAAUUUCAAGGACCCUCUGUUUGAAUUUCAUCUCCUUGAUAUUUUUUUUCCCUUAUACUGUCAAGUAGCCUCUACAAAGAUAAUCAAUAUUCUUUACUCUUUCA